AUGCCGAAUGGCAUCAGUAAGCGUCAGCAGCUGCGCAAUGAGAAGACCCUGGCCGAGUUGAUCCGGACCGUUCCUGGCAAUGACCGGUGUGCCGAUUGUGAUGCCCUGACCCCAGGAUGGGCGAGCUGGAACAUGGGCCUCUUCCUGUGCAUGCGGUGCGCCGCAAUCCACCGGAAGUUGGGCACACACAUCUCCAAGGUCAAGUCUCUGUCGAUGGACACCUGGUCCGCAGAGCAGGUGGAUAACAUGAAAUCCCACGGCAACCUCCUCAUGAACAAGAUCUACAACCCCAAGGAUAUAAAGCCGCCAGUCCCGAGCGAUAUUGACGAGGCAGACUCGUGCAUGGAACGGUUUAUUCGGCAAAAAUACCAGUACCGGUCGUUGGAGGACGGCAAGCCCAAGCCUCCUAGCCGAGAAGACUCGAGUUAUACCAAGCGCCACGAAUCGAGACGCGAUGACUACAGCCGUGAUGAAUACAGACGCGACGACUACAGACGUGAUGAUUACAGACGCGACGAAUCGAGACGGGCUGCAUCACCGGAUAGAUCCCCUGAGGGUUCGCCGCCUCCGCUGCCACCCAAGUCAGGCAAGUUCUUUGGAUUUGGACUUCGGGGAUCUUCCUCAACCUCAAACCUACGCCGAUUCGGAACCAAGAGGGAUUCGCCAGGGAAUGACCAGCGGCCGUGGUCUCCACCGGCCACAAAUAGGACCACUGGAAUGGGAGCACCGGUUGCUGACGUGACGACUGCCUCGUUGGAAGCGAAGAUGGCAGCGCUGCAGGAAUUGGGCUUCACCAACGACCGACGUAACGAGAUGGUCCUCAAGGGUCUUAACGAGGACUUGGGCCGAUGUGUUGAGACAUUGUCGAGACUAGGUGAAGGAAAUCCCGACUUGAUAAGGGCCUGGACCGCGAAGCAGAGCGCUCAAACAAGAGCCGUAUCUGCCACAGUGCCUGCCGCCGUUUCCAAGCCAGAAACGGCAAACAACCCUUUCGAUAGGGCUGUUUCGAACCCAGUUCCUCAACAGUCGCAGCCUGCGCAGCCCGCACAGUCGACUUCGUACAACCCAUUCGACCAGUUCACUCAGCCACCGCAACCUGUGCAUACGCCUCAGUCGGCUCAGCCCCUGGAGAACUCUUUCCAGCAUCUCCAGGUAUCCCAACCCUUGUUCCCGCACUCCACUGGUGGAUAUCCGAGCCAAGCUAGCUCCAUGCAGCAGCCCGCAUAUCAGCAGCCGUACACUCCGCCGGUUACAGCAACAUUCUCCCAGGGUGCUUAUGUUUCCUCGCCCCAGCCUGUGGACAACAACUAUAAUCCAUUCUUUCAGACAGCGCCCCAGCCGCAGGGCGGCAUGGCCAGUCAAACCUAUCCCAUUCCGGGUGCCGCGCAGACCAAUCCAUUCUUUAACACUGCCGCGCAGAACCAGACACAACAGCAACAGCUAGCACCACCGGUGCCAUCAAUUUCGGUACCUCAUCCACCUCAGCAUGCAAACACUAUGCCGGCGAUGUCGUCCACUUCGCCAUUCGGCACAUCUCCUUUUGGAUCGACACCUCAUUUCCAGCAGCAGCAGCAAUUUCAAAAUGCUAGCCAAGGUUCAUAUAAUCCAUUCCAGCAGUCUACGGGACCACAACCCCCCCAGAGUGCAAGUGGUUAUCCCAACGGCUUCCCGAACCAAUACCAGCCGCAGCAACCGCAGCAAUUGGCGCCCCAAGCUACUGGCCACAUGGAUAAAAACAGCAUUCUUUCUCUCUAUAACCUUGCUCCCUCGCCCAGCAACGGAAUUCCUCCAAUUCCACAACAGCCCCAGUCUCAGUACCAGUUCCAACCCAGUGCAGGGACCAGCCCUCUUCCACCACUUACCCACUCUCUGAAUUCUACCCCACAGACCCAGCCCGGAUCCAACAUCCAAACUCCACAGCAGAGCACUGCAAACCAUAACCCAUAUGGUGGUGCCGGUGCGGGUCUAGCCGCUCAAGCAGGCGUGACUUACCCAUCUUCUGGAUUGGGCAUCGGAAUGGGUGCCAACGGCACCGCAGCUCCUGCUCCUGCCCCAUCCCCGGCAAUGGGAAUGGGCAUGAGCUUGAGUGCUUCGAAUCCCUAUGCUUCCAACCCUAGUCCUUUCACUUCGGUCAACGCGAACAUGCCUAGAACGCACAUGAGCCAGCCAAGCGUUGAUAUCAACGGACUGCAGAAUGGUCGACACAGCCCAGAUGCUUUUGCUAGCUUGAGUGCGCGGUAUGGUUGA